UUUUUUUUUUUUUUCGUUUUCCCUCUUCUUUUUUUUUUUCUUCUUCUUCUUUCUUAAGCAUACAGAUGUAUGAGGAACCUCCACCUUUACCUUUUCCUUCUCUAACAAGUUUAAAAGCACCAGCGAUUGAUAUACUCAAAUCUCAGCGAAGUCCAAAUACACCUGAUGUAGAGUUUAAAUUUUUUUACCCUGAGCAGUCUGUCCAAGCCGAAAAGCGUAGACAGAAACCCAAUAACAAGGCAUGCGAUAUCUGCAAAAAGAAGAAAGUACGCUGUGAUAUAAAUGCACUCCCUCAUGAACCCUGCACCAGAGCCAAUUGUCAGUGUGAACAUCAUCAACAGCACCAAGAGGAUACCCCUUCCGAAAUCGUUGUCACAAACACAAAUAGUGGAAGUAUACCCUCUACCACAGUGUUUCGUAAACCGGGUUUAUUGCACAGUGGUCAUUAUACAGGUGAAACGUCAUUUUGCCGAUACCUUAAAUCUCAAAAUCAGUCCCUUGAAGAAGAUCAAUUCCCCACAUUUUCAAGUAUACCUACUGUACCCCAUAUCACUUUAGCAGAUAAGCAUUAUCUGAUUGAUGUGUACUAUGAUAACCUCAGUCCUUUUUACCCAAUCAUCAAUAAGGCAGAUAUACUCCAGCAAUUAGACCUUGUUCAAAAGGGUCAUAGUAGCUAUCUUUCACCAUUGUUUUUCUACGCCUUAUUUGCACGUGCUGCUCAUGUGGAAACAACUCGCAAGAUGACUGCAGACAAUACCUCUUUUUAUGAUCUAGGUGUUGCUUGCUUAGAAUAUGCUUCAGCACUGGUGCACUGUUAUAAGGAUAAACCACGGAUCAGUACUGUAUUAGCAUUGGUGAUCAUGACAAAUCAUUUAGAACAAGAGAAAAGACAUCAAGACCUGACAAGGACUUGGCUAUGGGCUGGGGAUGCCUUUCGUAUGGCACUUGAUUUAGGUAUUCAUCGGGCAUUCAUAUCCGAUGAAGCCGAUCCAUCUGGGCAGUUAUGUAUACGUACCUUUUGGCUUGCUUAUAUAGCAGACUGUACUAUCAGUAUGACUUACGGAAGACCUUCUGCUACAGAAGAGAAAGUAUUAUGUUACUUAUCCUUCAAAACUGUCCAAUGAUGAUGCGUUUGCAACACAAUGGGUAGAUGGUUUGAACUCUUUGAUUUCCUUAAGCAAGGUUACUGCACGUGUCAUCAAGUUCA